GAUUUGAUUCUUGAAAUUAAUGAACUGCGGUACAGAUUUACAGAGCUGGAGAGUGAAAAACUACAGUACGAAAAGAAACUUAAAUCCACAAAGUCGCUAAUGGCCAAGCUUUCUAGCCUGAAAAUCAAAAUGGGCCAGAUGCAGUAUGAGAAACAGAGGAAGGAGCACAAACUCCAGGCUAUGAAGGAGGAGCUAGCCAUGCUGAGGAGGCAGCUGGAGGGCAAAGACGGAGAGAUGAGGAGGCUACAGGAUGAGACUGGCUUCAAAGCCAUUGCCUCGAGCAGUGCAGAUCCUACAGAAAGAGUCUCUCAUCCAGACGAAACUCUUAGAAAGAGGCUGAAAGAAAAACAUGUGGAAGUGCAAAGAAUGAAAAAGGCAGUCGAAUCAUUGAUGGCAGCCAAUGAGGAGAAGGAUCGUAAGAUUGAUGAGCUGAAGCAGUCGCUGCUGCGGUAUAAGAAAGUUCAGAACAUGGUGAUGUCAGUGCAAGGGAAGAAAGAGAAAACCAAAGAUAAUGAACACGUCGAGAGUCAUAGUGAUGGAGCUAUCACAUUCUUGUUAACCAACUCUGGGUCUACGGAGUCAGAAAAGCAUGAAGUUACUGAUGUUGAACAACUGAAAAGGACGAGCCCAGAUGAGUUGGAGAUCCUCAAUGGACUGAGUGAAGAGCCUUCACCCACACCUAGCCCUUCAGACCCGGAACAAGUGUCAGAGUCUGCACCAACAGAUUUAAUAAGCAGCCAAGACACCACAACGACUGGCAGCCAGGACCAGCUGGAUAAAAGCAAUAAUGAAAAGAAUACAAGCGAAGAGAUCAGUAAGAUCAGUGAAAAGCCGCCCAAAGGUCCCUCUGCUACCUUGCCUGCCACCACGGAGGACGACAGCUUUGGCUCGAGGAAGGCUCGUUCAUCUUUUGGAAAGGGCUUCUUUAAAAUCCGUGGGGGCAAGAAGACAGCCAGUAUCCCUAACCUUGACCGCAGCCGGAGUGCAAGUGCGCCUAUGCUAGCUGAGACAGAGCGACAGGGCACUGACCAUCUGGAUCUGGCCGGGCUGCCGCAGAGUUCUUCCAACAGUGACAGCACCCACACACUCGCUACGACCCCAGAGGGCAAGAAAAAAUCCAAAGGAAUUAAGAAACUCUUCGGGAAGCUAAAAAGGAGUCAGUCUACCACAUUUAACCUGGAUGACAACCUACCAGAGGGUGAGUUCAAGAGGGGCGGCGUGCGAGCCACAGCUGGACCCAGACUGGGUUGGUCUCGUGACCUCCAAAGAGGCAACAAUGAUGUUGAUGCUCCCUUUGCACGCUGGUCAAAGGAUCAGGUGUGUGACUGGCUGCAGGAUCAGGGUCUCGGUCUUUACGUGAACAUGGCUCGCGGGUGGAUCUUCUCUGGUCAGACACUGCUACAGGCCUCACAACAUGACCUGGAGAGGGAGCUGGGCAUCAAACACCCACUGCACAGAAAGAAGCUGCAGCUGGCUCUGCAGGCCCUCGGCUCAGAGGAGGAGGACAGUAAGGGAAAGCUGGACUACAAUUGGGUGACGAGAUGGCUGGAUGACAUCGGUCUGCCUCAGUAUAAGACCCAGUUUGAUGAGGGGAGAGUGGAUGGUCGCAUGCUGCACUACAUGACAGUGGAUGACCUGCUUUCUCUGAAAGUGGGGAGUGUCCUGCAUCACCUCAGUAUCAAGAGAGCUAUCCAGGUGCUCCGGCUCAACAACUACGAGCCCAACUGCUUGCGUCGUAGGCCAUCUGACGAGAACAAUAUUUCUCCAGCAGAGAUUUCCCAGUGGACCAACCAUAGGGUGAUGGAGUGGCUGCGGUCUGUGGACCUCGCCGAAUAUGCUCCGAACCUGAGAGGCAGCGGUGUGCACGGAGGCCUGAUGGUUCUGGAGCCUCGGUUCAACGUGGAGACCAUGGCUUUGCUGCUGAACAUCCCCCCAAACAAGACCCUGCUGCGCCGCCACCUCGCCACACAUUUCAACCUGCUCAUCGGCUCAGAGGCCCAGCAGCUCAAACAGGAGUGUCUUGAAAACCCAGACUACACUCUGCUCACCGCUACCACUAAGGUCAAGCCAAGGAAACUGUCAUUUGGCAACUUUGGCAGUCUGAGGAAGAAAAAGCAGGAUGACAGUGAGGAGUAUGUGUGUCCGAUGGAUGUGGAGAUGCCAAAGGGCCGAAGCUUUCAGAAAGGCUUCGAGCUCCAAAUAUAUGAGGACGACCUUGACAGGCUAGAACAGAUGGAGGACUCUGAGGGAACUGUGAGGCAGAUCGGAGCUUUCUCGGAGGGUAUUCAAAACCUGACGAGCAUGCUGAAAGACGAUGAAUUCUUCAAAGAGACUUCAAAUUCACCGAACCUCAGCGUAACAGAUGAGGACUCUACUGCAUGAGAACUGUCACCACCAUGAGACCUGGUCCUACUGUGAAUGAAACUCUGUGCCAACCCUCCCCACUCGCACACAGACUUGUCUCAACAAACCCUAAGAAUGCUCCCACAUUUAGUGUUACGUUAAGAGAUGAUCCAAAAGUAUUACAGUGUCUUUUUUUUUCAGUUUUUUAAAGGACGUUGUUGAGAACGCCUACAGUCCGGUAGCCGCCAUUACUCCUGACCGUCGUCUCCUUUAAUGUGGUCUGAUGGCCGAGGGAACAUUUAGGGCAACACCACUGCUCACCUGCUAGCUGAUUUCUGAAGAUAUUUUGUACUGGCAUCUUUAGCAUCAAAUGUCAUCCAGCAGGGGGGGAAAGACAUCUACAAAAUGCCGAUAUAGAUUUUAAUAUAAUUCUUUUAAAUUGCCUUCUGACUGUAGAAACAUUUUAAAAAAGAGAGAUGGACUUCCUUCAUAAGUGAUAAUGCCGAGAAGCGUUUCCUAUUUUUUUUAUAAGUUCGUAUAAAGUAAUAACUCAGAAACGGCUGCUAUGUUUUCUACAGAACUAAACCUCGCUAAUUUAAUGGAAAUAUUUUAUCAUACGCUGAACAUUUUACAGGUCUUCACUCAACAGUAAUAGUCAACAUGCAUUUGCACCAAUACAUAUCAUAGAGUACAAAGCAUAAGGAAUAUCAUUGCAUGGUAUUGAAAUUCAACACAUUAAUAUAAGAGCUUGUUGUCUAUUUUAUUUUUUAUUAUAAAUAGAUUUUUAAUGGAACCCUUUUGGCUAUUUUCGGAAGAGUGUGGUGACAUGUUCAGAAAAAAUAAUGUUGUAAUGCAAACCUCGACCAUACCUGAGAAGAAAGACUGUGUUGUUGUUUUUUAUGUUUAUCCAUUUAUAAGAUCAAUAAAGUUAUUUAAAUCAG